CGGAUGACGUCGCGGUGGGGCGCUGCUGCGCGCUUGCUCUCCUGCCUUGUGCGUGCGUUGGAACGUGGAAGAAUAACGACAACGCCUAAUAACGAGAAAAGAAAACCCAAGACUUCGUCGUCACCAAAAAAAUAAAGCAGAAAAAAACAGAGAGUAGUAGACUACGACAGCGUCCGUCGAACCGGAGGGUCGGAGGCGGAGGCGAAGAUGAGGAAGAAGCUCGGCACCCGGUUCCCCGCGGGUCUACGUCUAUCGAGAGUUCGGAUUCUCGUUGCUCAACAGAGGACAUCGACAAUUAAUUAUCCGGCUUCUGCACUCGUGUUGUGUUGAGCGGGUGGACGGUGGAGAGAUUUGUGGCCGCUCGCGGCUGACUAGAUCACUGCUGAUGAAAUUUGGCUGGUUUUGAAUCUUCAAAACCUCUUGUUCUGUUGUCAUGGAAACAACGUGGUUGAAGUUCCAAGCUACACACAUCUGUAUGGUUUGCACUGCAGGCUCGAAUCAAAAAGAUAAUGCAAGCAGAUGAGGAUGUUGGAAAGAUUGCAUUAGCAGUGCCUGUUUUAGUCUCGAGGGCUCUUGAAUUGUUUUUACAAGAUUUAAUUGACCGGACUUAUGAAAUUACUCUUCAAAGUGGAGCAAAGACACUGAAUUCCUUCCACCUGAAGCAAUGUGUGAAGAGGUACAGUUCUUUUGAUUUCCUAACUGAAGUUGUCAGCAAGGUACCAGAUCUUGGUGGUGCUGAUUCAUGUGGAGAUGAAAGAGUGUUACCUAGAAGAAGAAAGUCAAAUGGCAGUGACCCAGAGAAUGAUGAAUCAAGAUCUAGUAAAAUGGCUAUAAGAAAUGCAAAUACCAGCCCCAGAGGACGUGGGAGGGGUCGAGGCAGAGGGCGAGGUCGGCCACCAACCAAGAGAAAGGAAGUUGGUUACGUACAAUUUGAAGAUGAGAGCAGCAUGUUUGCUGAACAAGGUGAAACCUUACCAGGAGAGGGAACAGUUCCAGAGAUCAACAGCGGCAACGAGAUUACGCCUCAAAGCACGCAACCUCCGCUAACAGCCCCUGCGCAAGCUACAAAUUCUAAGGUGGAAGAAGCAAGCACCGAUCAUCAGUCAGAUUGGCCUAUGCCAGAUGCCACUGGAAACAUCGGUGUUGGGCCAUCUGGUUUUGGACAUCUGACAGUGCAGGUUGAUGAAGAUGAGGACUACGACAAUGAGGACUAGUCAGGGCCAUCCUCUCACUGUAUGCGCUAACAGGACUGUUCUGGUGUUGUAAAAUGUAAAUAUAGCUUGAAGUAGCUGCCGCAGCUUAGCUAUGAUUGUCUGUUAUGAGGUUAUGUAGUUGCCCUGUGUAACUUCUGUAAUUGCUUUUUAGUUGCCUUUUCUCUACAUGAUUGACUGUCAAAGCGUUUUGUCAUAUUUAACCCAGUAUGUUUGAGCAGGGGUCGACUAUUUCUAAGUAUUUUGACUUUA